AUGCAUCUCAAAUUGGGCACCACCCCCACCAUUAUUGCUUCCUCCCGGGAGGCCGCAACUGCCAUUCUCAAGACAUUUGAUUCCGAUUUCUCUAACAGGCCGCAGAGCGGAUCAGCGGCAGCUGAUAUUCUCUUGUACAAUAGAAGCGAUAUCACCUGGUCUCCUCGGUGGCCUUCACUAAGAAAGCUCUGCAUUUUCCAACUCUUGACACCUAAAUGUUUGGACAAGUGGCAGGAGUCCCGUGAAGAAGAAAUGGCGCUGUUACUCGCCUCCAUCUUUAGACUCCGAGGUACUGCUGUAAAUGUGGGAGAUUUUGUUAAUGUCUUUACUUGUAAUGUUAUUGGACAGAUGACACUGAGGAUGAGACUCUUCGAAGAGAACAACGCAGAGGCCGAACAUUUUAGAGAAUUAAUGGAAGAUUUCUUAAGCACGGCUGCUCGUUUUAGGAUCGGGGAUUUCGUUCCUUUCUUAGCACGGAUUGGCUUUAGCGGUUCUCUUGAUGAAAUGAAGAGCCUGCACAAGCGUCUUGAUAAAUUUCUUUUGAGGAAGAUAGAAGAACAGAGGCGUAUGCCUCUGUCCACUGAGAACGUUGGCAACAAGGACUUUCUACAGAUUCUCCAUCAACUCAAAUAUAAUUCUGCAGGAGAUGGGCGACAGCUUUCCGAGUCUAACAUCAAAGGCAUUUUACUGAACAUGAUUUCGGCAGGAACGGACACUGCUACCCGCGCUGUAGAAUGGGCGAUGUCCGAAGUGAUCCGCCAUCGUCAUCUCAUGAACAAAGUGAGAGACGAAUUGGAGAGAGUUGUGGGAAUGGAAGAGAGAGUAGCAGGAUCUCAUCUUCCUCUGCUGAAAUAUUUACAAGCAGUUGUGAGUUGUGACAGAAACUCUUCGACUGCAUCCUCCAACACCGCUUAUGCUUACUCACUCAUUUCCAGACAGUUCAAGGGAAAUAAUUGGGCAUUUCGUUCCCCUGAAUUCUCAUGUGACGGUGAAUGUGUGGGCUGUAGCAAGAGAUCCAAAUGCGUGGGAGAGGCCACUGGAAUUUGAUCCGGAUCGCUUUGUGGACAAUCCCGUUAAUCUGGAUGGACGAGAUUUUCGAAUAAUACCGUUCGGGGCAGGGCGAAGAAGGUGUCCGGGGUAUAAUCUGGGGCUUCGUAUGAUUCAAUUUGCACUGGCAAGCUUUGUUCAUGCAUUUGAUUGGUCUCUUCCAUCUGGUCAAGAACCCAAAGAUUUGGACAUGACUGAGAGAUAUGAAGUCUCAAUUCACAGGAAAGUUCCUCUCACUCUCUUUGCCACUCCACGAUUGCCCACUCACCUUUAUAUGGCCUUACAAUAACUAUUUGGUGUGGAAGUAUCAUUUCCUGUCUACUCCCUUCCUCUGUACAGCCUGUAUCCUCUUCUUAGAACGUCUGUUAUUUUGUAACCUC